AUGGCUUCAUCUGCCCUUCCAGUGUCUACUGGCGCCCCCAGCAAUGGAGUCCACCAAUCACAGCAGGGCCAGCAGGGCCAGCAGGGUCAGCAGCGUGCUGGCGGAAAGCGGGCAUUUCAGCAAGGUGGUCGCAAAAACAAAAAGGCCAAGAAGCGUGAGAGAGAUAUGAAAAGUGGCUCGCACGAAGAAGUUCUGGGGUUGGAUAUUGAAGCACUUCUUGCGUCCCAAAGAUCAUCCCCUCCUGCGGAAGGUGCUGGAGAAGAGACGGUGGCAGCAGGAGAAGUGCUUCCGGAACCAGGAAGUGAGAUUGAGCUUGACGUUGUCGAACUAUCCUCGACUGGUGAUGGUCUAGCACAGCAGAAGGGCUUCAAGCAGGUCUAUGUUGUUCCAUUUGUGGUUCCCGGCGACACCAUCAAGGUCAAAGUCUAUCGUCACAUGACAGAAGGUUACACUGUCGCGGAUCUGAUAUCAGUGCUCAGCCCAUCCCCGAAGCGUGACGACAGCCGAAUCCAAUGCAAGUACUUUUCAAAGUGCUCAGGGUGUCAGUUUCAGAUGUUGGACUAUUCCGAGCAAUUGCGAUUGAAGAGGCGUAUUGUGGAAAAGGCGUUUCGCAACUUCUCUCAAUUACCGCCGGAGCUUAUCCCCGCCAUCCAAGACACUAUCGGCAGUCCUUUGCAGUACAACUACCGGACGAAACUCACUCCCCAUUUUGAUGGUCCAAAGGGUUGGUUCAAGAGGAAAAACGUGCAACCUUUCGAGAGCCGACCAAAUGUCGGCUUCACACCCAAGGGCACCAGCAAAACCAUGGACAUUGAGGAUUGUCCCAUUGGUACAGAUGCAGUGCGAUUAGGCAUGAAGCUCGAACGCGACAGAAUGGAUGUUGAAUAUGCCAAGUACCUUAGGGGUGGCACCAUCUUGCUUCGGGAGGACACCAAACGAGUCAAGAAGGACGCAUCAUCGAUGCCGGAAGAUUUGGCGUUGCCAACAAAUGCUAUCAAGGUGGAGGCAGACCACUACGUUGAUUACAAGACCUGCAUUACGGACAACAAUGGCACUUCCACUGAAUAUAUCGACGACUUUGUGUUCAAGAAUUCUGCGGGCUCAUUCUUCCAAAACAACAACUCUAUUUUACCAAGUUUCACUGAACAUAUCCGACAAAACGUCUUCCCACCGACGACCGGCGCCUCUGCAGAUGCAUCACCUAACCCGAUCAAAUAUCUGAUUGAUGCGUACUGCGGAUCCGGUCUCUUUACCGUCACGCUCUCUUCAGUAUUUGAAAGCAGUACUGGCAUCGACAUAGACCCUAAGGGCAUUCAAGCAGCGCGCAUGAACGCUGAGGCGAACAGCGUAGCUUCGUCCCGAGCCAACUUCAUUGCAGCAGAUGCAAACGAGUUGUUCAAGAGUGUUAGCUACCCUCCCGAUGAGACGGUGGUCAUCUUGGAUCCGCCGCGAAAGGGUUGUGAUGCAAAUUUCCUUCGCCAACUCUUGCAGUAUGGGCCCAAGAGAGUCGUCUACGUUAGUUGCAACGUGCAUACACAGGCCAGAGAUGUGGGUAUGUUAGUCAGGGGAGAGGCUGGAGAUGGGGAGGAGGUCGUGCAAGUGGAGGGUCACAAGAAGAUUAGGUAUGAGAUUGAAAGUCUUCGCGGCUUCGAUUUCUUCCCACAAACAGGUCAUGUAGAAGGCCUUGCGUUACUGAACAGGGUCGAGGAUGACACGACAAAUGCUAGUGGGGUAGCUGACACGUCGCCAACAUCAUAA